GAGUUCCCCUUUCCCCGCAUGCCUGUGACGACGGACAGUCCCCGGACGGCGUCCUCAGGCAGCAGCCUUCAGACCCGCUCCUCCACCAGCAGCCAGUCCAAGUCGAUCCGCACCGCGUCCUCCUCCAAGUCUCCCCAAUCCCUUCCCCACGUGCGCGUCGAGCGCGAGCGAAGCCCCGAUGACCACCGCCACCGCCGUUUCGCCUCCGACAGGGACACGCUCAGGGAUGCGGACGGCGACGCGGCGAGCAUCCAGGCGAAGCUGCUCGCGCACCUGUACGCGCCGCCGCCACGCGACUCGCGCGCACUCCGGACCGCACUCGCGCUGACGACCGAACGACUCGAGGGCGAGACGCGGCGAGCGGAGGACGCAGAGCGGCGGGUUAUUGAGGUGCUGCGGAAGCUGCGCGCGUCGCACGAGGCGACGAUGCUCGCGCAGGCGGAGGCGUCGCGCACAAAGGAGGAGCUCACGUUGUACAAGUAUCGGCUCGACGACGCGCAGCGCGAGAUCACGCGCGCGAACGACCUCAUCCACGACCUCGAGGAGCAGAAGCUGGAGGCGGAGGCGGAGGCGGCCCGCGCGAGGUCGACCGCCCGCCGGUAUCGGGAGCAGCAACUCAUCAUCCGCGCGAGGGCAGAAGGAAGGGAUGAGGGGUUCGAAGAGGGGCUGGUGCGAGGGAAGGACCUUGGAUUUCAGGAAGCAAUCGGCUCCGAGCCGCUGCCUCCAAGAGAAACCGUGAGGCGAUAUCCUCAAGCCAGAGUCGAGGUGGUUGCCGAUGAAGAGGAGGAGGAGGUACGCCCGACACCACAGGUCAGAACACGUACACCAGCCCCCGCCGAUAUUCGCGUCCGCGACCCAGGCCCAUCAGAGUACAGGACGCGGACACCUGGAGCAUCGACGUCCUCGGAUUCUCGGACUCGUAGAACAGGCCCCUCAACAUCGUCAUCAAGUAGAGUCACUCCGCCGCCACGACAACCUUCUCGGUGUAGAAUAACGCUGUCAAGGACCAGCAAUCGUCCUAACGUUCCAGAUAUCGCACACUAUGCUGCAAUUCUUCCUGUCCCCACCCUCACCACUCCCGUCAAUGCACCUUCGCCAUCAUACUCGCGCGCAGAUACGCCUGCGGGUAUGCCCAUUCCCUACCGGGCUCCCCGCGAUCUCGACAUGGGCGAGGUUCCCGCCCCCAUCGUCAUCCAUGAGCGCGCGCCGUCACCUAUCCAUCCACCAGUCGACAUCCCUCCUGAUGGAUGGAUACCAUACGCCUCUGGGGAGCAGAUCAUUCUUCCUCCCCCACAUGAGCUCUCUCGCCCGGUCUCUCCCGUAUCCAGCGUCGCCCCAUCCCUUGCUCCCCGUUCCCGCUCAGUCGAACCGCCGCCGCCAACCAUCAUUGUCAACACCGCACCUUCUCCGGCACUGGCACCGCACCAGCGCGACUAUUACGUUCCGACGCCGCCCCCCGGUGCCACACAACCUGCGGAUCCGCCGCGUACGCGAGAGUUCUCGUAUCCCGCAGCUCCCCCUCCUGUGAUUCCAGUCGCGCCGCCUCCCAACCGACCGAUAUCGCCCCAGUCCAAGGCGUCGACAAACAUCUCGCAGUUCGACAUCGUCAGCGCGGGGCGUCACAAACUGCGCAUGCCAUCGCUUACUGCAGGCGGACGCGCAUCGUCUUCGCGCUCCGGUGACGAGCGGGAGAGAGACCGUAAUGUGCCGUCUCCUCGUGGACCGCGGUCGCGUGAAAACCUCCCACCUGUGGUACCGCCCCCGCCGCAGCUCGCGACGGUGCACGAGGAGGCGGGAACGACGCCGCUCGAAAAGCUGUUCAAGAACCGUUUCCGAAGCAGGUCCUUCCGGGACUCGGCUCCGAAGGUCGCCACGCCUGGUGCUCCCGUACCGGACAUCACGGUUGAGGCUCCGUCCACUGCCUCAAGUAGCCGUCGGACGUCUGCUGUGACAACAGGGACGCAUCCCGCGUUCCUCAGCCCUGAACAAGCUGCGCUACCUCCGCUUGCGCCCCGCGAUCCAUCUGCAGCGUAUUCUACCCCAGUCUCGUUGCCCACCAAACCCAAGCGGCGCCCCCCUCCACCAGAGCCCGACGACUUCAUUCCGCCACCACCCGACACGAUCACCGGCACGGCACCGGGCUCGCUCCCCUCUGACUUGCCUCCAGGUUUCGUGCCACUCACCCCUCCCAUGCCCGCCUCCACCCUCGCUGCCCAAUCUCACCCUCCACCCUCAAACACCCCGAUACCUGUACCCCCACCACCUAAUGACCCUCUCCCCGUCCCGCCCCCGCGAUACUCUGUCCCCACACGCACCGCCUCCAACACGCCCGUACCAAUCCCGCCACCCUCCGGAGACCCCCUCCCGAUCCCAUACAACGAGCCGCGCUCGGUCCGCUCCACGCAGGCGCAGGCGCCGCUCCCCGUCCGGCAGGACGAGCCUAUCCCGAUCCCCCACCGCAGCCCUGGCGGCACGCGCUAUGUCGAGGCCCCGAUCCCGGAGGGCGUGGUGUACCCGGCCGCGGGCGAGCGCGUGCGGUCGCCGCUCGGGUCGCUCGGGGAGUCCUCAGCGCACCACCGGUUCGAGGUGCGGAGCCCGAGCGAGCGGCUGUCGCCGUUGCCUGGGAUGCCGAUAGAGAUGUUCGCGAACCUGCGGUCGGACAGGAGCCUGGGCUCGCUGGAGUCGAAGUAG